CGUGGUACUCGUACAUGCACGAUCAGACCGGCUUCACCAGCGGCUUGAUAUAGCCACGGUGUGUGCGCGCUUCGUCGCGAAGCGAAAACUUAACGAACGGAUUCGCUAAACAGCCAUCCAACGUGACGGAAAUAAUUGAUCGAGUACCGCGGAUCGUGCACCGACGCGAGUGUCGUUCGAGCCGGCAAAUAUGGGCCUCAAGGAUUUCCGGAUAAUCUUUGACAAUCCAUGGAGCACGUACUAUCCAGGACAGACGGUCAGCGGGAACAUAAUCGCCGUGCUGGACAGCACAAAGAAGAUUCGCGGAAUAAGCGUGAAAGUAAAAGGUGUCGCGAAUACGUGCUGGACAACCGACAAACAAGAGAUGGAUGAUAGGGGACAAUACAGAGAGGGGACACAGACAGUCACUGCCCACGAAGAAUAUUUCGAGACAAAGUAUUAUCUGGUUGGAUCCGCUUCUGGAGGCGAGAUCGAGAUACAAAGCGGCGACCAUAAAUUUCCGUUUCAAUGCGUUCUACCGACCAAUUUGCCGAGCAGUUUCGAGUCUGAUUUUGGGCACGUUCGUUACACCGUCAAAGCAACUUUGGAUCGACCCUGGAAGUUCGAUCAAGAAGUGAAGAGUCCCUUCACUGUGAUUCUGCCCCUCGAUCUUAAUCAAGAAUUAAGAGCUUCGGAAAAAGUUCAAGAGGAGAUGAGCAAAACGUUUUGCUGUUUAUGUUGCGCGACCGCGCCUCUGACUGUGAAUUAUUCUUUACCGGUCAGAGGCUAUGUACCAGGCCAGUCGAUGUCGAUCAAGAUCAACGUUGAAAAUCAAUCGGGAGUGACGGUGAAUACUGUGAAGCUCAUUCUUUGCAAGAUCGUAACCUUCCGUGCAACCACACCGAGCAACGACACGAGAACCGAGGAAAUCGUCGUCUCAGAGGUUGGCAAAGGACCCGUCGAAGGAGGGGGAACAGCCGAUUACGAGCAGAAUCUCGAAAUUCCGCCACUGCCACCGUCCAAUUUGACCAAUUGCGGUAUCAUCGACUUGGAAUAUAAUCUGAAGGUCGUGGCCUGCGUUUCGGGAUGGUACUAUCGAAAUUUGUCGAGGAACACGGUCAUUUACGUGGGCACGGUGCCACUAGUGAAUUAUCAGACUCCAAGUGCACCACCGGCAGAGGCGAUGAAACCGGAAGUUGGAUGGACGGCCCCCGAUGGAAUACCAACAUCGAGCUUAUAUCCUGAUUUACCGCCUCCGUCGUACGAGGAAUCGACGAACGGUGCUAGAAGUCUUUGGGAACGCGGUGAAUCCGAGCACGUUUUCGGUUUGACGAAUCGUUUCGCGCCUAGAUAUCCGGUUUACAAUUUCGUGCCUAUACAAUGAACAACGAAACGAAGCUAUCGAAGGUUUUAUCCGUAAAGAAAAAAAAUCGUUCGUUUCACAGCGCAGCCUGCAAAGCACUUUCCAAGAGCUUCGUAACGAUAACGAAAGUAGAGAUUCGUGUUUGAUCAAGUUGACAGUCUCGAUUCUUAUGGUGAUCUUUUUCACCGUUUCGUUUUGCUUGAAACAGGAAACUAUCAAAUGUUCGAUCAAGCUAAUUGUUUAUAAGUCACUUUGUUCCAAAGGAUUCUCCAUCUUGAGAAUUUAUAAACUUUUAGGCUGUAAGGACGCGUUUCGUGACUGGUCAAGUUUGAAUUUGUGUGCCUCGAGUAAACAAAGAUAUUUUUGGUCAAUUAAGACGUAUAGUUCAUAAAUUUUCUACAAACGAUCAAAGUCUGAAAUUGUACAUUGAUAUAACGAUAUACAAAGCAAUAUUAGCUAAUUACCGCUGUCAGAACGCACCGGCUUUAAUGAGAAUUUGCUUAAUUUACAAUUUUUUUGUAUGUAUAUAAUUGUGUAUUAUUAUUACUUAUACAGAUAUACCGUAUUUUAAAGGAACGAAGAAAAAUUUAAAUGCAAACA